GGGGAGGGGCCCCGGCUCGAGACGGCCCCACGCCCAGCGACUCGGGGUGCCUGCCUUUGUUCCAAGACACCGGGGCCCCUCGGAUCUGGAGAGGUUCCGUGAGUGAGAGGGACUCGCGGCCGGAGGAGCGCGAUGGGCGCGGGCGGGGGCGGGCGCGUCUCGGAGCCGCGGGUCCCCGAAGCUGCCGGCGGCCGCGGGGAGCCCGGCCCCGGAGCGCGGGCGCGGCGCGCCGCCCGCAGCCUCCGCCCUCCCGCCCCGACCCGCCGGUUCUGUUUCCUUUCGUUCCUGCUGCUCCGCGCGCUGUCGGCGCUGCCACCGGCUUGCGGCGCCGCCGAGGAGCGGCCCUUCCGCUGCCUGCAGGCCUCGUCCUUCCCCAACCGCAGCAGUUCGCGCACCGACGGCGCCGCCUGGCUGGGGGAGCUGCAGACCCACGCGUGGCGCAACGACUCGGACGCCAUCCGCUUCCUGCGGCCCUGGUCCCGGGGCGAGUUCGGUGACCAGGAGUGGGAGCAGCUGCAGGAUAUAUUUCGAGUUUACCGAAGCAGCUUCACCAGGGACGUGCACGAAUUGGACAAAAUGCUGCGAUUAGACUAUCCCUUUGAAAUCCAGGUGUCUGCUGGGUGUGCGAUCCUAGCGGGGAACAGCUCCGAAAGCGCCUUCCACGUGGCAUUUCAAGGAAGAGAAAUCCUGAGUUUCCAAGGAAUGUGGGUGCCGGUGCCAGAUGCUCCAAAGUGGGUGGGUGCAGCCAGCAAGGUGCUCAACCAGGACCGCGGAACCAGCGCGACAAUUCAGUGGCUCCUCAAUGACACCUGCCCGCGGUUUGUCAGAGGCCUCCUCGCAGCAGGAAAGGCAGACCUGGAGACGCAAGAUACCGCUUUCCCUGUCGGACGCAGUGAAGCCCGAGGCCUGGCUGUCCGGGGCUUCCAGUCCCGGUCCCGGCCGUCUGCUGCUGGCGUGCCACGUCUCCGGCUUCCGCCCAAAGCCGGUGUGGGCGAUGUGGAUGCGGGGCGAGCAGGAGCAGCUGGGCACCCAGCGAGGGGACGUUCUGCCCAAUGCCGACGGGACGUGGCACCUCCGAGUAACGCUGGAUGUGGCAGCCGGGGAGGCGGCGGGCCUGUCUUGCCGAGUGAGGCACAGCAGCCUCGGAGGCCAGGAUGUCAUCCUCUACUGGGGAGAGGGGAGCCGUGCCUCCGUGGGCUUGAUCGCCGCGGCAGUGCUGGCAGUGCUGUUCCUCGUGAUCGCCGGAAGCGUCAUCUGGUUCAGGAGGCGCCGCUCCUAUCAGGACAUCCUGUGACUGUCCUCACCAUAUGUGUCUGACUGGGGCAUAGGACCUCACGUGUCCAGGAUAUACACGGUGCUCAGGGAUUGAGGGUGAGCGGGGGGCACCUUGAAGAAGCAGAGGACCAUCAUAAGCCAGCUGUUGUCACUUCCUUUUAACAUCUUAUCCAAGGGGAUUUAAGUUCUUUUUCAUUAAACUACAAGUUUCUUUGCUUAAGUGGCUCUGAAGAAACAGAAGUGUGAACUCCAGUACCUACCAGGGGCAAGCAGAUAAGGGCUGGGGCAUGCAGGCGUGCGUGGUCACUGAGUGGUGGAACCCGCAGGGAACUGGAAAGCCCUUCUACCCCGAGGAAGCAGGUGCUUGUUGUCAAGAAUAAACUAAGACUGUGGCUGGACUCUAACUUACAUUUUUCAAGAAGAGUGAAAGUCUGGAUUUUUAUGUGGACAUGCCAGAUGGUAAAAUGUUGACUCAAAACUUUUACAAAAUAUUUCUGUACCCCAGAUACACCUCUACUGGCUGACAACAGCCCAGUCUGUGUCUCCUUCAUAAGAAGUUUGGCUUGAAUGAGGUAUUGGUGGUUUUAGGGCAUGAUUUUUAUCGUGAAUUUGGAUUUAUCAAGAGGGACAUUUUCCCUUUCAAAGGAAGUUAGGUUGUCAAAAACACAGGUGACGCAAGUUUUCACUUUGUGUAACUUGAGUAAAACAGGAGAAAUCCUAGUGUAAGUGUAUUAUGUAGAAGAAAGCUACUCUCGGUAGAGAUAUUUCUAUCAAAUGGCAAGUCACUAUUUCAGGAAGAAGACAGGGUGAAGAUAUGCACCCACUCCACUCCACCCUAAACAAGCUCUCCUACUUAACAGCUGUUAAAUGAGACAGUGUACAGAAAGGACUGACCCGCGUGGGCAUGCGUGAGCUAUAGUGAGAUGGCCCAGCUCAGGAAAGAGCAGGAAACUUAGGGAACAGCAGACUUUCCCAAGGCCAAAAUAUGGAUGGCCAAGUUAAAAGUAUCUGUGGGCUAUCAGGGAAGUCGUAGUCUCUUGGCCCUCUGGGACUUCCAGAAAAAGCGAGGCCAAACUUUUGGAGAGUCUUUGCUUGAGAAAAUUCAGAUUUGGCAUCUUCUGCUCUGGACUGGCAUGUCAAAUCUAGGAUGAAGGUCCUGCUGGUUUCUCCAUCGGUGGUUCCCAAAUUGUGGCUUCCUGCCCAGCAGCCUCAGCAUCCCUGGGAACUUGCCAAUUAUUUUGGUCCCCACCCCAGACCUACUGAAGGAGAGAUCUUGGGAGUGGGGCCCAGCAAUCUGUGUUUUAACAAGCCCUCAGGUGAUUCUGAUGUUCAGCUAAAGUUGGAGAACCACUGUUCUUAGGCAUUGUGUGAGGCUAUGCAACAAAUUCGCCAGAAUGCUAAGUGAAAAAAUUGUCUGGGGUAAGUCAGGGAAGGCUUCCUGGAGGGAGGGGAUGGAGAGGAAGGGACGUGAGCCAGCAAGUGUGCCGGAUAAGGACGCUCGGGUUCUAGCCUCCCACUCAAUUUCCUCCGGUGUCAAAAAUGGGGAUGACAAUGUCUGUCUUGAUUAUGUUACAGAUUAAAUGUUUGUGGCCCCCUAAAAUCCAUAUGUUGAGAACCUAAAAGCCCAAGGUGAGGUGAUAGGGGGUGGGUCCUUUGGGAGUGGGUGACCCCCUCCUCCACAUGAAGACACAGCAGGAAGAUGCCACCUUGAACCAGAAAGGGGACCCUUACCAAACACCGAAUCUGCUGGUGCCUUGAUCUUAGACUUCCCAGCCUGCAGAACUGGGAGAAAUAAACGUCUGUUGUUCAUUGGCCA